AAGACACAGUAGUUGUUUUUAAUUAUAUAUAUUAUCAAUCAUACGAAUUCAUACGUUUUUAAUAAUGGAAACUAAUGUUUUAAAUACUGCAGACGACUGGUUAUGUACGCAUGACAACUUCCUUGUCAUUUAUUGAUUUUCCGCCAUGCAAUGGGAGUUGUGAAUGUUCUUGCAUUUUGUGUAGGAAUUUAGACACCCCGAUAUUAAAUUAUAAUACAAGUCUUUGCAGUGAUGAAGAGAGUGCUUAAUUUUGUGAAAGGAAGACGGGACGAAAGAAAAGAUAGAGUAGUCAACAGUAAUAUAUGUGUGGAAAUAACAAAUCCGUUAGGCCAAAAGGUGCCAAGUGAAGACGAGCAUAUUAUUGGAUUACAAACUGGUUAUGGGUAUGAUGUGGAUUUAAGUGGAAAGGAUAAAUCCAUGACAAAAUUACACAAAUCAGCGUGGCAAGGCAAUUUGGAAAAAGUCAAAUUGCACCUAAAAAAGUUUGAUAUUAAUGCAGUCGAUGAAUGCAAUCGAACACCAUUACACUUGGCUGCAGCACAAGGGCAUGCACAUGUAGUUUGCUUUCUACUUAACAAUAAGGCUGUUGCUGAUAUAAAUGACAAUGAUGGCAUGACACCAUUUUUAAAGGCAGUUGAAUGUGGUGUUAAGGAGUGUGUUGGUGUGUUAGUAGAACGAGGAGUCAACAUUUCUGUUACUGAUAACAAUGGCAAUACUGCACUUCACAUUACUGCCAAGCAAGGAUUCUUUAACAUUAUGUCUAUGUUGUUAAAAUACGGAACUAACUGUGAUUGUGCAAAUAAUUCUGGAGAGAUGGCGUUGCACAUAGCUGUGGAGCAAGAACACAGAGAGCUUGUGGAGUUGUUACUGCAGGCUGGAGCUCACGUUAAUGUGGUGGACAGAGAAAACCGUACACCUCUCAUGCUUGCUGCCAGGGUCGGUCAGAGUUCCAUUGUGUCCCUGCUUCUCAAGCAUGGUGCUCACCUUGAUGCAUGUGAUAACAAUGGUUGGACAGCUGAGGACUAUGCAAUGAUUGGCGGACAUGAACAGUUGGCGAUAGAGUUAAAAGUGCCUCAAAAUGCUCCAGACUUGCCUGUAACAAAUGUUGAAAUAGUCAUGAUUUCCAAUACUGUUGAUAUGGAUAAUAGCCAGUCAGAGGAUGUUGUUGUUUUGUCUGAAGAAAGAGAACAAGUUGAAAAUGAUGGAGACACUCAGAUCAUCAAGUCAGCAAUAAAGUCUCCUCCAUAUAAUGUUUACGUGGUGGAAGAAGAAGCACAAGAAUCCCCCCGAUCCUGUGUGACCCCCCCUCCCCUCAACCCUCCACGCAGCUGGGAGAUCAUUCAGGCAGGCAUGAUCGACCAAACCCAGGUUAGACGUCGGAGUUUAAUGGCUCUUGGAACCCUAGAAUCUCACAGAGAAAGUUUUGUUGAGAAUGGGAAUGGUCACGAGAGUGAAGACAUGUCCUUCUUGCCUUCUGCAACCAAUAAUAUAGUGGAAGUAGAGCCUGUGAAAGCUGGGUCGGACACAGAGUGGGAUAGUGAUGACAGUUUGCCCUUGGAUCGUAGCCUUCCUCCACCUCCAGACUUCCCAGACAGUAGUCUUGAGUCCAACUUGCCCUUGCCAGAGUUCAUCCUGACUCCUGACUCCAGUCUGCCUCACAUUCCAGAGCUGAUCAUCACCCCAGACCGUCGCAGUCGCAUCACUCUCGAGAGGACUCCUUCACUUGACCUCACCGACAGUGAGAUCAUGGAAACCAACAAGGUAGCACUGAAUGAAACUUUAGGAAGAGGAGAGAAACUGAAAGAAACAGAAGAGAUAUGGGAAUCAAACCAUACAGCUUUAGUCACUGGUGUGGUAAACAAUAAUUUAUUAACAGAAGGUUCUGUUUCUCCCAUUCAUGACACAGGUCAGGUAAAAUCUAAAAGUGAUGAUUCGGAAAGAAAUGAUAAUCCUUCAGAAGAUGGAGCAGAGACAUUUGAUGAAACAAUGAAGGAAAGUAAGGAAGGUAUUAGGGAAUCAUAUUCCUUAGAUAAUCUGGAUGAGUGCUCCAAAUGCUGUGGUGUAGAAAGCUGUCAAUCUUGUGAGAGGCUAAACAGUGAACAAUAUAGCAGUGGCUAUUCCUUAAAUUCUAAAACUAAUAACAACCAGAUACAGUCUCAGUCAUUAGACAGCCUAGAAGAGGAAUCUUUAAUAGGGACUGUCGUCAAGCGGAAUGUUUUUCAUGAGUCCCAUUCACUUGAGUUACUAGACGAAGGAAAAAAACUGUCACGCCAUCAUGCCAGGAACAAAUCUGUGUCCGUUACAACCUAUCACUGGAGUAAAAGUGUGGAUGUGCUUAGCAAACCUUGCAAGACUGAGGGGUCUUGUGUGGACAGUCAACGUAUAGAUGCACAGCUUCAGUGUUAUGAUGAGGCUCUCAGAGAACUGGCUGAAGAACAGAAGGUCAAAGAAGAUCUUUUGAAUAGAGCAUUAGAAAUUAAGCCCUCCACAAAAUCAAACUUAAAUCAGAGUAUUAGCUGUGAUGUAUUGCAACCUAAAGUAAGUUUAAUCCAGAAACCUUUGGUGACAAAUCAAAAAGCAACAACAAGUUUUACUUCACAACCACUUUAUGGCAGUUCUUUUGAAGGUUGUUGCAGUUCAAGUACAUCUAAAGAUGAUCACAGACGAGUAAAAAAGUCAAACACUUUUGAUGCUUUUAAUUCAAAGUUUUCUUAUCAAGAAAUAGUACCAACAAAGAGAACUCUUGAUGCCAAUCCCAUAGUGAUCGGAAAUCAAAAUCUCAUUACAUUAGGUACACAACCGAAAGAUUUGGAUUCAGCAGGAAUAUCUUCUCCCGAGAAAUAUUUACCUGCGUAUUCUAUGAAACUAUCUUCUUGUAAACAAAGAAGUUCUUCAACUAGUUCUAAAGGCAAAAGAGGUUCUUUUGAAAAUAAAUUGAAGUAUUAUAAUAGUCUCGAACUUCCAUCACGAAUUGAAAGAGAAAAGGAAACAAAAAGUGAAAGUAAUAUUUGUGAAGUUAUAAAUAAGAAAAAAUCAUUAACUGCUCCAAGUACUAGUGAGAGACACAACGAAGUACAAAUACAUGCUGGUGUGGGUCAAGGAAGCUAUACAGAACAUGAGUACAAAGCCAUAGAACUCCCUAAAGCUCCACCACGCGUAAAGAAGUCAAUAAGGAAAGAAAAGUCUGAGGGUGAUAAACGACGAAGGAGUGAAGAAAAAGGUGCAAUAAAAAAAGGCAUUGCAAGAUCUACUUCUGUCAAUGUUAAUCUCAAAACAGAGGAAAAAUCAAGAAAAGAUAUUGUUGAAAAUAAAGAACCAUUUUUGAGUGAAAAAUCAGAAAGUGACUCAGAAUGGAGUGAACUACCUGUACACAAUAAGAGGAAGCAGUUCAUAGCAAUGCGUGGAGUUGUUGCUGAUAGUGAAGAUUCAAAUGAAGAAGACCCUCCAUUUUGGCUUAGCACUGGUAAAAAUGGUUGUUUCUCACGACAAGAUACUGUUAUUCAUAACCUAAAUGCUGCAGUUACUAAUGAAGGGAAAAAAGAUUCAGAUGGAGAGAAGUCUGGAGGAGAAGGAAAUGAAGAUACCAAUAGUUCAGAUACUGGUUCAGUUAGUAUCUCUCAUUCGGAAGCUACUCCUUCUCACUCAUAUGUUUUAAAGAGCCAUCAGAGUGUGCUGAAGGAUCACUUGAAACAAGCAACAGAAGACAAAGCACGUUUAGAGGAGUUGUCAGCAAAAUUGAAAGAGCAAACAGAACGGCUGGAAUAUGAUUUGGCAGACGCAAAUCAGAGUAUUGUAGCACGAGAUGAUAAGAUACUUAUCCUACAGGACGAACUAUCACGACUCAGCAGCAAGUAUUCAGCCACAUUAGACGAGUUAAACUUCCUUAAACAGAAACUUACGUCCGCUGAAAUAGAACUGAGACACCUCCGGGAACUCACUAGGCAACUGCAUGAGUCAGUCAAAGCUAAAAAAAAGUUGGAGUUUGAGAAGGAAAAUCUUAUAGCACAGCACAUUAUGGAUAUCAGAAAACUGCAGCAGGAUACGAUUCAUUGGAAAAAUCUUUAUGAGGAUGCUGUUUCCAAACUGGAACAGAUAGAAGGGCUGUGUGACCCUUGUCUCAUGGAAAAUAAUCAACAUUUUGAUAAAGUCAAGUCUGCUUUUAAAAAGUUUAGGGAUGAAAAGAACAGUGAACGCUAUAAAAUUAAAAGCUCCGGUGUAAAGGAUCCAAAUAAUUUAGAAAAGAAUAGUACCAAUUUGGAUCUGUCUCAGAGUGAUAAUAACAAAGAUGAGUGUUGUACAGAGAAUACCAUGAUUGACAAUCAGGUGGCUACUUUGCAGCUUCAACUCCAACAGGAGAAGUCUAGAAGCUCCGCUCUAGAAAAUCAAGUUCAAAAAAUGUUAAUAGAUUUACAGACUAAAUUUGAUCUGGAAGCUGAGCUAGAGAAUUUAAAUAGACGUUUAGAAAAAGAAUUUGUGCCUCGAGUUGAACUAGAACAGCUUCGAGCCAACCAAGAAACUGCUAUAGGUAGAAUACGACAACAGGCACUUAUUGAAAGUGAAACUAAACUUAAUGCUAAAUUGAUGGAAAUAAAUCAAAUAUUACAACUUCAGCUGCAGGAGCAGACCCAGAAGGAGAGACAGAGGGAGCUUUUAGAGUCUCAGAUGAAGCAGGAAUUUGAGAACACUCGUCAAAAACUACUUUUAGAGCUAAGUAGAGUGCAAGCUGCUCUUAAAGCUAAAGAAUCUGAAGAAAGAAUUUUGCGAGAACAUUGUGAAGCAAUGGCUAGAGAAGCUGAAAAGUCACAAGAGUUGAAACGUCGUCAAUUAAUAGAAAAGUCUUACAGUGUUAAUCUAGCUGAUCCCUCUACUACGCGGGAGAAGGAGUUGACUGUGAAGCAGAGUGUAGUCCCCCCUCCACCACCCCCUCCACCUAUGGCUCCAACUCCCUUGGACGUCAACCUGUUUAGUGCCAACUCGUUGAGACAGCAGUUAGAGCGCAGCAUCUCAAAACACAAAGAUAUUCAGCUCAGUUUGAUGGGCGAUGACAGACUGCCCUCGCCUCCCGGCCGCUCGCAACAGUGAACGCUCAACUAUAUCAUUUUUAUAUUUUUAAUACUAUAUAAAUAUAUAUACAUAUAUAUCAUAUUUUAAUAUUCUAUACAUGUUCGUAGGUGUCAUAAGAUGAUGCAGAACAGUAAUGUUAAUAGUUUAUACUGUUAGAGUAUAUACAGGUGCUAAUAGAUAGAUAUUUGAAUUAAUAUCUAAUGAAACAUGUUAUAACUUACUGUACGGAAAGCUUUAAUCUGUAAAUGAAGUAAUGAAUCUAGUCAUUGUUACAUGUAUCAAAGUAAAAGAUAUUAAGUUGUAGAAUAUUAGUAGUUUUUUAAAAGAUUAGUUAACGUGGGUUAAGAUUUGGUAUGUCAAACCUACUAACACUUUUUUUUUAAAUAUCGGUAACAUUUUCGUGUUAUUUUUAUUUUUCUUAAAGUCAGAAUGUAACUUUGUCAUUCUCUUUAUAUAUAAAACGUAAUUAUUAUUAUACUUUCAUCAGCACUGGUGAACAAAGGAUUGUUGAACAUAUAUUGUUAUAUUUAAUCUGCUUUAAAUGUUAUUAUAGUUUUUAACCUAAGUAUAAUAAGUUAAGAGUUAAUACAUUGUUUAAUUCAUAAAGACAUGUAACUUAAUUUUAACAGAUAACUAAAUCAACAAAUAAACAGCAAGAUUUUUGUGCAGUUUAAACAUAGAUAAUUAUAGAAUCGAAAUUAUGAUAACUUAUUAUUUCAAAUGAAUUCAGAAACAAUAUGAAAGAAAAUAUUGUUGAAGCCGCAACCACACUAAGUGUCCAACUCUUUCCAAUCACUGUCAAUAAGCUAGAAGAUGGCUGACCCAUGAAGGAUGGUUACAUUACUUGUGAUAUCUGUAUUGCAAUUACAAGCUGUACCUUGCUUUCAAGAAACUUCUGACUUGUAUAGUAUUUUUUAAAUAAUUAAUACAAAGUAUUCCUUAUUUUUGGAAAACAUGUACAAAAUUCUUAGAUCUCUUCUAUGGCUUUGUCAACAAUAUACUACUAGAACCAACAAGUAUCUCAAUUUUGGAAUGUAAGAUAUUGCAGCCUAAUAUGUUUUUGUAGAUCAAAUAUAUAACACACAGACUUGAAAGAAGAUAGUGACGGCUUACAUAAAUUUGACACAAUAUAAAAAUAUUAUAUCCCUACUAGUAGUUGAAUUUAAUUUACUGUAAGAUAGUUCCAGUAAAUACCCACAAGAUAGUGUGUUUAGUUUCUGAAUAUUGUGACUAUCUGACAUGGUGUGUGUGUGAGAUUCAAUGUGUCUGCUGAGACUGUUUCAGCUCCUAAGGCCUGCCCACCAAUGGCAUUGGUUCAUACUAUGUAUCAGAUUAUCGAACUUCUCAACACAGGAAGGUAUUGGACACAUAAUGUGGAUAUGGGUUUAUCUUGGUUUUAUUCGAAAAAUCUUUAAAAUUUUAGAAUCUGCAAAUGUUUUUUAGGCUGCUUAUUUCAAUAUGUUUUGCUAUAUCUUAUAAUAGUAAGAUAAUUAUAGUACAUAGUUCAUUUUUAAGCUUUGAUGCUAGCCAAUGUUAGAUAUAGGUUUACUAUUGUGAUGUAUUAGUAUACCGCUUAAAUAUAGCCUAAAUUUAUUUUAAUACAUUACUUAUAUAUUAAUGUAUGAUUGGGCUGUGAUUAAUAAUUCUGUGUUAUAUUUAUUGUUAGUGAAUAGAAAAUAAAUCAACCAUUCUGGAAAA